GGACUAGAUUUAGCAUUCUCUCAGAACUUGCUGCUGUUCCUUUCUGGGGAUAUCCCUCUCCACACACUCCUAGUUUUGCAGUAUAAUCACCAUGACUGAACCAGCUUCAAGUGGAAGUGGACAAGAUUUUGACGUGUUUAGUGUAAUGGACUGGAAGGAUGGGAUUGGUACCCUACCUGGAAGUGAUCUAAAGUUUCGUGUGAAUGAAUUUGGUGCCCUGGAAGUGAUCACUGAUGAAACAGAGAUGGAAAAUGUUAAAAAGGCAACAGCUACCACAACCUGGAUGGUGCCAACUGCUCAAGAAGUCCCAAAGACCCACUGCUCUUUCCACUAUGUAGCCUUCUCAGAGAAGACAGAUGUGUCGUCAAAACUGAAGGAGGUAGAUGGACUUCAUUUCUAUGAAAAUUGUUUUAAUUCUGGAACUACGGUGGAGUAUGCAGCUGGGGACAAAGCUUGUAGCCCUAAGUGUACCCAUCAAAUUAAAAACAGAGAGCAAAAGGAAGACAAAGACAUAUCAGAAUUCAAUGAUGAAGACUCUUCUAAGAAUGCUCAAAAAAGGAAAAUCAAAUUGCCUCCCAAAUUGGAAUGUAUAGAAGACAGAAACAAAAAGGACAAGGAAACAGAGGAGAACCCUGAAGGGAGGGUACUAAGAGUCUCCCAGAGAGCCACGCGGAAGAGGAAAAGAGACAUGGCCGUUCUAAAAGAGACGUUAAUGUCAAAGGCAAAGAAAGCAUGGAGUUGGCCUUCAUAUUUGGAAGAAGAGAAGGCAAUAGCAGCACCGCUUAAGAUUUUUAAAGAGUAUCAAUCCCUCCCUUACAACAAAAAUGGAUUCAAAGUGGGAAUGAAGCUGGAAGGGGUGGAUCCGGAGCACCAGUCAAUGUAUUGUGUCCUUACAGUGGCUGAGACACUUGGCUACAGAAUUAGACUUCACUUUGAUGAAUAUCCAGAUUGUUAUGAUUUUUGGCUGAAUGCUGACUCUUCUGACAUUCACCCAGUGGGAUGGUGUGAGAAAACAGGGCACAAGCUUCAUCCACCAAAAGGAUAUAAAGAAGAUGAAUUUAAUUGGCCUGCAUACCUGAAGAAAUGCAAGGCUCAAGCUGCUCCUAAAUCCUUAUUUGAAAACCAAAACACAACGGUGAUUCCAUCAGGAUUCCGGGUGGGAAUGAAGCUUGAAGCCGUAGACAGAAAAAACCCUGCGUUCAUAUGUGUUGCUACGGUAACUGACAUCGUGGACAGCCGUUUCCUGGUUCAUUUUGACAAUUGGGAUGAAAGCUAUGACUAUUGGUGUGAAGCAGCUAGUCCCCAUAUUCAUCCAGUUGGAUGGUGCAAGGAACACAGGAAGACACUUAUAACCCCUCCAGAUUAUCCACAUCCCAAGCAUUUUUCAUGGGAGAAAUAUUUGGAAGAAACCAGUUCUUUGCCUGCACCUGCCCGGGCUUUUAAAGUGAAACCAUGUCAUGGAUUUCAGAAGAAUAUGAAACUUGAAGUAGUUGACAAGAGGAAUCCUGUAUUAAUCAGGGUAGCCACCAUAGUAGAUACUGAUGACCACAGAAUUAAAAUUCACUUCGAUGGCUGGGAUAGUAUUUAUGACUACUGGAUUGAUGCCGACAGCCCUGAUAUCCAUCCUGCAGGCUGGUGCGGAAAAACUGGACAUCCUCUUCAGCCCCCUCUCAGUCCCUUGGAAUUAGUAGAAGCUUUAGAACAAGGAAUAUGCCCAACAGCAGGUUGCAAAGGAAUUGGACAUAUAAAAAGAGCCAGACAUAUGGGCCACCACAGUGCUGUCAGCUGCCCAUAUUCUGAGAUAAAUCUGAACAGAGAACGUAUCUUUUCAGACCGUUUAAGUGGAGAAAUGCCUCUGAAUAAUCCACCUACACAUUGGAACAGAAAGCCAGAAGGAAAUGAAACAUCAGCUUCUCCUCUAAUCAAUAAUACAAAUUGUCCUAGUCCCAUUGGCCCAAAAUCUUCAGCUCAUCUCCAUUCAUCAAAAAAAGAAGACACAGAUGGGAACCUUAUUUGCAAAAAGCCGCUAAUAUGUGAUGCCAAAGAAAAGAACUACAGGGGAAGCCCAACAACUAAGCAAUUUGCUAGGAAAGAUGGAUAUGAAAGAAGAAAGAUGGAAAGUGAAGAGCCAUCUCUAAAUGAAACCAAAGAUGCCAAGAAUUUCAAUAACAGAGGUUCCCAUUCUCAAGCAGUAAUUUUGUCUUCCAAGUUGACAAACUCAUCCUUUUCUUUGCGUUGGGAACAACAGAGCAAGCUUCUUCCAUCUGUGGCUGGAAUUCCUGCCAGUAAAGUUUCCACGUGGAGCACAGAUGAGGUUUCAGAGUUCAUACGAAGUUUGCCUGGCUGCGAGGAACAUGGCAAGGUGUUCAAAGAUGAACAAAUUGAUGGAGAAGCUUUCUUGCUAAUGACCCAAGCAGAUAUAGUCAAAAUAAUGAGCAUUAAACUGGGACCAGCACUAAAAAUCUUCAACUCAAUUCUCAUGUUCAAGGCAGCUGACAAGAACUCUCAUAAUGAACUCUGAUGGAGAAGUGGAUACGGGACAGGCCCCUCUUCACUGCAGUUCAUGAUUUUUUCAAAGCACAGAGAUACAAAAGGGAUCAUUACAGAACUCUCCAGGAAAAGGAAAGAAGUUUGAAUGGGUGAAAUUUUGAUAUUCUCCAAGAACCUGGCAAUCUGAACACUUCUAAGAAGUGCUUAAACUUUUAGUAAGAUGCUCAUGAAACAGAGUGUAGUUAAUGUUUACCAAACCUGAUGGCUCUAAUUUUCUACAGCUAGCCAUCCUUAAUUUGAUUGGGAAACCACUAAGGUAACACGUUAAAAUUACGGAAAUACUAGCUUUUUCUAAGAUGUCACAGAAUGUAUACUUUGUUAAUUUACUUAAUUCAGUUUAAUGAAUUCCUUUGUAUCAUUUUUCCAUUUUCAUAAUAAUUUGUUCACAAUUUAAAAAUUAGUGGGCUGUAAUUAGUUAAUGGAGAUUGUUAACUGUUACAUUUUGCACAGCAUCUCAAAGUGAAGACUUUGCUAUGGACUAUGAGUCUGAUUAUUACUAUUGUACAAAAAAACAUUUCCAGAAAUUAAUGCUAUCAUUUUGUAUUUUUUUAUUUUGCAUGGUUAAAAAAAUCUGAAUGCAUACCUCCACCAGCAUAUUUACUAUGGAAUUAUUAAACAAACUACCAAAAAUGAAAUUUAAUGUCUUAGGUAACAACUAUUUUAUGUUGCAUUAUAGUAGACCCAGUUUGUUAAAACAGAAGAAAAUUAAAAGUGAAUGUAUGAAAGAA